UUUUCGGUGUCAAAAACAACUGUCAAAAGAUUUUUGGUUAUUAGAAAUGUUUUCAAUUAAUAAUCUCAACCUCGUCUCAACAUGAUGCUACAACGAUUGUGUAUCUUACAUUUUUCGUAAAUUGGUAAUGGGCUUACACAUUGCUCGUUGUCACUGUGGAACUAUGAACGGUCAAGAUGAGAAGCCGGGAAAUGGUACCGAUAGCGGAAUCUACCACGAACGCCAGCAGAAGGAACUGUGUGCCAUGCAUGCACUGAACAACCUCUUUCAAGUACAAGGGGCCUUCACAAAGAAGGAUCUAGAUGAACUAUGCAACAAUAUUCGCAAUAGGUUGUCUCCAGAUGCAUUCUUCAACCCCCACCGCAGCAUCCUUGGUCUGGGCAACUAUGAUGUGAACGUCAUCAUGGCAGCGUUACAGAAGAAGGGAUACGACACGAUUUGGUUUGACAAGAGAAAGAGUAUCGACUGUCUGCAGUUUGAAAACAUCAUGGGCUUCAUUCUGAAUAUCCCGACGGAAUACAAGUGGGGCUUCGUCCGACUUCCCAUUCACCGGAAACACUGGAUCUCCAUCAAGUGCAUCAACAAUCAAUACGUGAAUCUCGACUCGAAGCUCGACUGUCCUGAAAUCAUUGGCGAUUCCGCCGCACUCAAGGAAUUCCUCCACAAUCAGCUGAUGGACAAUGAUAAAGAACUGUUGCUGGUCGUCGCCCAGGAGGUGGGCGAGACCGGCGCGUGGCGCAAGGAAUGCUGCGUGUUUCCUCCGGUGGCCACGGCCGAUGCUAUAUGUGAUUCCAAUGCCGAAAUGACUUGCGUUUCCAACGGAUCGAUGAAACAGAAAUCUCAGGAAACCUUUCCAGGCUCAAAUUAACAAAUAAUUUACAUAAUACAUUAUUAUUAUUAUUAUUAUUAUUAUUAUUAUUAUUAUUAUAACUAUUAUAUGCAUGAGUGCCAACCUAAACCCAAUCAUGUGGAUUCAUUUGUGUUGUUGACAUCAUUUUUCUUCUCUAUCUAGAGGAGAGUAUGCGAGCAGGAUUUGUACAAAGCAUGUGUUCCUUAGCUUCUUCUGCUUGACAGCGUACUAAUCUAUAACUUCCAGACGACAGUAGCACUAGAUGAUACUUAACGAUACAUAGUACUUUAUACUAGUACUAAUACUACUUUAUUUUUAAAAUUCAAAUGCUGUGGGGAGCCAGGGCCCAUAUUUUCGAAGCCAUCUUAGCACUACGAAAUCGUAAAACUGUCGUAGGUUGUGACGUCACUACAACACACGCCAUAGUGAUGUCAUAGCUUACGACGAUUUUGCAGGCUAAGAUAUCUUCAAAAAUAUGUGCCCAGGGCUAGCUCUGGCACUCGACAAUUGCGAAUUUUGAAAACAGUUGGCGAAUUUUAUUUUAGUUUGGCGAAAUAAUUUCAUGUAAUAAUUGACAUUCGUUUAAAAAAUAACUUGACAAUUUCUGCUAUUUUUAAAGUUUAAUAGACAAUUUGGCGAAUUGUUUGCUCACCCAGAGCUAAAUAUUGCUCUCCUUGAACUGGUCUCAGGGGAGUGAUGAGGAACCAGAGGGAUAGCUCCCCUGACCGGUCUCGCUAGUGUCGUGGUUACGCCAUCGGACAUAAGGCUGGUAGAUACAGGGUUUGCAACCCGGUACUGGCUCCCACCCAGAGCGAGUUUUAACGAUUCAUCAGUGGGUAGGUGUAACUGUAAGACCACUA